AUGCGAGGAUUACUAGUACUACAUCAACACCUCAAGAGAUCAGUGGGCCUCAGCGGGAGACAUGCGGGGGGACAACAGUUCGUCGCGGAUGAGAACGGCGUGUUGCUCAGGAACAGGGACGACAUCCUCCAGCGGUGGGCGAGAUUCUUCAGCACCCUACUCAACACCAAAUCCCCCACCCUGAACCCAGACAUCAUCGAACGAGUGACGCAGCGGCGAGCGACACGUGACACUCAACGGUUGGGAGAUGUGCCAGAACUCGAGGAGGUGGCACGGGCAACGAAAGGCCUCAAGAACUGGAAGGCACCCGGCCAUGACUCCCUCCCUGCCGAGUUGCUCAAGAUCGAUGACGACGAACCCUUCGUCCUGGGACACCUCCAUACCAUCCUCGUCAAGGUACUGUACAAGAAGGGUGACCGGUCCAACUGUAACAACUACAGGGGGUUUUCGCUACUAUCUCAAGCAGGCAAGGUCCCCGUCAAGAUCAUCGCCAACCAUCUAAGCGCAUUCUGCGAAGCCAACAACAUCCUCCCGGAGGAACAGUGCAGAUUUCGACCCGGGCGAUCCACCGUCGACAUGCUGUUCAUCGUGCGCCGGGUCCAGGAGCUGGGGCGGAGAAAGACAAUACCGCUCUACAUGUGCUUCGUCGACUUGAACAAGGCGUAUGAUUCGGUGGACCGAGAGAUGCUAUGGAAGGUGCUGGCCAGGGCCGGGAUUCCCGCGGAGCUGAUCGAAGUCAUCUNA